ACUUGAUAUACCCACCCAUUUAACUUGACCCGUUCAAUAAAAUAGGAACAAAAAAGAGGAAGAAGGAAAAACAAAGUAAAGAGGAAGAAGAAAGCAGUGUAAGGAGAUCAAAAAAUGGAAUGGCCCAUAAUCAAACCCAAGUACAAACUCCAAGCCAAUUAUCUCAAAGGAAAUGAUCUUAUCGCUGUGCCAAAUUUCUUCACAUCAUUUGAGUCAAAGGAAUUUAUCAAAAUUGCCGAGUCACUUGGUUUUGUGCAUCAAGGGAGCCUUGGGCCAGCUAAAGGUGAAGCUUACAGAGACAAUGACCGCAUCUCCGUGAAUGAUCCUAAUCUUGCUAAUAUAAUUUGGGAGUCAGGACUUAGCAAAUUGUUUAGAGAUAUCAAAAUACGAGGGAAAAUUGCUGUUGGGCUAAAUCCGAAUAUCAGAUUUUACAGAUACAAAGCCGGUCAAAGUUUUGGACGUCAUAUUGAUGAAAGUGUUGACCUUGGAGAUGGAAAAUGCACAUACUAUACACUGUUGAUAUACCUAAGCGGAAGUACUCAAUCCAAAGGCAAGAAUGAUGUCAAGAGUCAAAGCAACUCCAACCCCUUAGUAGGAGGUGAAACAGUAUUUUACGGUUCAAGGAACAGUGUGGUAGCUGAGGUGGCUCCAGCUGAGGGGAUGGCACUUGUUCAUAUCCAUGGAGACAAGUGUAUGCUGCAUGAAGCUCGGUAUGUCACCAAAGGGGUCAAGUAUGUUUUUCGUAGCGAUGUAGUUUUUGCUUGAUCCAAUUAAGCAUCAUUUUUGGAUACUAGACAUUUGGUGCCUUCUGGGUGCAAAUUUGGAAAUAUGAUUUAAAUGUAUAAGGUGAUGUUGUACAUUACUUUGAUUAAAGUUACUGACAACAAUGCACAAUGUGGAUGAAAGACUUUUCUUUACAUUCAUUCAAGUCAGAAUGCAAAAUACGUUUAGGCUUUGGUAAAUUUAACAACAUUAAGCAAACAAGUCCAAAAAAACCCUGUUGUUGAAGAUUUAAAUUCCAAAUGGUCUUCUUUCCAAUUUUUAGGCUUUAUUUGAUAUGUACAAGGCAAGUCAAAAUAUCUUGAUAUUCGUGACAAUUAUUUAGGACAGAAUUAUAAAAACCUCUCAACACUAGAAAAUGAGGUUAGACCUUGGAAUAGCUAAUAUUGUCUUGCUUGGAUUCCAUGGGGGAGUUCAACCCUUUUAGAAAUGCUAGUAUUGGUGCUUCCCUAAUCCCUAUUUAGGCUAGUCGUAAGUUAAUGGCGUAGAUGAAAAGUAUAGUUUUGAAGGAUUUGUAUAGUUGAGAAUGUGAUGGAAGGUUGCAGUGGUUAUUAUCAAUACUAAGGGCAUGCUUGGAUUGGGUGUAAAUAUUUAAGGGGGAAAUAAAGUCAAACUAAUGAAAUGAAAGCAAAUAGAGAUAUUUGAAGUAGUUGAGAUAGCUGUGAAGAAGGAAAAAUGAGUAUGAAAUAAAAAUAAUAAAAGAAAAAAGAAGAUGAUUUCCCCUAUUAUGGAGGUAAUAUAUUUCUCCACCCUCCCCUAGGAUAAAUACUUACCCCACAAAAUUGAGAGCUCUCUUCAUUCUUCUUUACUUUGCAACCAUUCUUCCACCUCUACAAUAAUCAAAUUUCACUAAUUUCUCAUUUAUCAACUUCGUUUUCUUACUUUGACUUUUUUUUACCCCUUAAAUAUUUAUACCUAAUCCAAGUAUGACCUAAAUUAAAACAGAGUGGCAGACUAAGCCAACAUAACAGUACCUCUGUAUCAUUAAAAGGGCUACCUGAAUUUCAGGUUCAGCGCCAGUUUUGAUGUAAAGUCUUUCCCUCGUAAUAACAAAGUGGUUCUUUUGAGUGAUCCUCGAUUCAAUGUGAAACGGCUAUUUGCUGCUUUGUGAUUUUAAGUUAAUCACCAAGUUUUUGGUGUGGUUUUGAAUGUUUCUGAUUAUUGUUUUUAAUUCCUUUUUUGUUUCUGUUACAUUCAUUCAACACUGAUGAUGAUAUUAUAUACAAGAUACUCAAGGUAACUGCUCCUAACAUUCCUAGUAACCACUCCACUAAACUCCACUAAUAACAUAACUACCCUAUAUGAAUAACUGUUACAAUCUAACACUCCCCCUCAAGUUGGGUCGUAGGGUCACCAACACCCAACUUGCAUAAAACUUCUUCAAAAAACUGAGCUCCAACUGCCUUUGUAAGAACAUCUGCUAGCUGGUCCUUGGACUUAACAUGCGGAAGCCUGAUUAUUUGAGCUUCUAAUUUCUCCUUUAUAAAAUGCCUGUCUACUUCUACAUGUUUGGUACGAUCAUGUUGAACGGGAUUUUCUGAGAUAUUAAUAGCUGCUUGAUUAUCGCAGUACAACUCGCAGCUCCUUUUAGGUGGGAAUCCUAGUUCAGUUAAUAACUUCCUCAGCCACAGGACUUCUGUGAUUCCCUUUGCUACACCCCUAAAUUCAGCUUCUGCACUAGACAUGGCAACUACUUUUUGCUUUUUGCUCCUCCACGUGACUAGGUUUCCUCCUACUAACGUAAAGUAGCCUGAUGUUGACUUCCUAUCAUCUCUAUCUCCUGCCCAGUCAGCGUCUGUAUACGCCACAAGAUCAAGGUGUCCAUUCUUCUGAUAUAAGAUUCCUUUUCCAGGGCAUCCUUUGAGGUACCUGAGAAUCCUGUAGACUGCAUCCAUGUGCUGAACCUGCAGUUUGUGCAUGAACCGACUAGCUACUCCUACUGCGUAUGCAAUAUCAGGCCUAGUGUGAGCUAGAUAGAUUAACUUCCCCACCAUGCGUUGAUACUGCACUCGAUCAGCGAGUUUCCCUCCUUCAAUCAUCUGAAGUCCAUGGUUCACCAUAAUCGGUGUCUCGAUUGGCUUACAGUCCAACAUACCUGUUUCAGCUAACAGGUCUAGAACAUACUUCCUCUGAGAUAUGAAGAUUCCCUUGUUUGAUCUGAGGACUUCAAUCCCUAAAAAAUAUUUCAGUCUGCCAAGAUCUUUCAUCUCGAAUUCUAGGAACAGCUUCUCCUUGAGAUUGAUUAUUUCUUCUUUGUCAUUCCCUGUAAUGAUCAUAUCAUCCACAUAUAUUAUCAGGCAUGUAAUUCUCCCUCCUCUGCGUCUGAGAAACAGAGUGUGAUCUGAGUUGCUUUGACGGUAACCAAAUCUCUUCAUCGCGGAGGUGAAUCUUCCAAACCAUGCUCUCGGUGAUUGUUUCAACCCAUACAGUGCUUUUCUCAACCUGCACCCCUCGUUUUCUGAGAAUUCUGAUGUAAACCCAGGUGGAGCUUCCAUGUACACUUCCUCUUGCAGUUCUCCAUGUAGAAACGCAUUUUUCACGUCAAAUUGAUGAAGAGGCCAAUCUAGAUUUGCUGCAAUGCUGAACAAAACUCGAAUUGUAUCAAGCUUAGCAACCGGAGAGAAGGUUUCUGAGUAAUCAAUUCCAUAUGUCUGUGUGUACCCUUUCGCCACCAGUCGAGCUUUGUACCUUUCAAUAGUGCCAUCUGACUUGUACUUGAUCGUGAAAACCCAUCUACAUCCGACGACCUUCUUUUUGUUUGGCAAGACGCACU